ACUGUGAAAAAACUGUUUAGCCCUCAUUUGUUUUUUUGACUUUUUGUUUUUUUUUCUUUCGGAAAAUCUUUUGCGUUUUGCGUUGGUUGCCGCGGGGCUCCAGCACCGGACACUGUCCGAAGCCAGCGAACGCAGAGCUCAGCCAUGCUUCGACGGGAUCUUUCCCAGGCUGGUGACUUGAUUUACCAACCCUGAGACUGUGAAGUGGCGAGUGACUGCUCCCCCUCCCCCCACCGCCCUUUGAAUACGGAAGCUGCUUCUGUAGGCUAGAACUUCACCUUCCUAAAUUUCUGGUGAGCAUGGACUUCCACACACUUCUGUACGAUAUUGCCGAGGAAAUAGACAGUGACGAUCUAGCUUCUCUAAAAUUCCUUUGCUUGGAUCUGAUCCCAUUGAAGAAGCAGAACCAUAUCAAAGAUGCCCUGGUGCUCUUCCAGACACUUGAGGAAAAGGGUCUUCUGGAGGAAGACAAUCUGUUCUUCUUGAAGGAACUACUCUUCCGCAUUAACCGAAUAGAUCUUCUCAAUGAUCCCCUGAACACUAAAGGUCCAGAGAUGGAGAGGGAGCUUCAAGUGCCAAACAAAGCUCAGAUUUCCCCCUACAGGAUCCUGCUUUUUAAUCUGUCAGAAGGCGUGGGAACACCUGAAUUGAAAUCUAUCAAAUUUAUAUUGAGCUCCAAGAUUCCCAAGUGCAAACUAGAAGAUGAUAUGACUUUAAUGGAACUUUUCAUUGAGAUGGAGAAACGGGGAAUUCUAGGAGAGGACAACCUGGAUGCCCUGAAAACAGUUUGUGAUCAAAUUGAUAAGAAUCUGCUGAAGAAAAUCAAAGAGUAUGAAAUAAACAAAGAAGGGAGCAUGGAAAGAUUUCCAGUGGAAAACCAAGAUGUUGAAGAAACAAUGAGUCAACUUCAGGCAGUGUAUGAUUCUGCAGGAGAAAAGGAAAAUGUUUACAAAAUGAGCAGCAGACCUCGGGGAUACUGCUUGAUCAUCAACAACUUUGACUUCCAAAAAGCUCGGCUAGAACGGCCUGAGCACCAGUUCCUGAAGGACAGGACUGGGACUAAUGAAGAUGCAGAGGCUCUGAAAAAUAUCUUUGAGGAGCUUCAUUUUGAUAUUCAGCCCUUUCAAGAUCUUACAGCAGUAGAGAUACGCCUGGUCCUAAAGACCUUCAAAGACAAGAACCAUGAAAGCAAAGAUUGCUUUGUUUGCUGCCUCCUAUCUCAUGGGAAUAGAGGCACCAUCUAUGGCACUGAUGGGAAAGAAGUGCCCAUCUGGGAUCUGACAUCAUAUUUCUCUGGUUCCAAUUGCCCAUCUCUUGCUGGUAAACCCAAAGUAUUCUUUAUUCAAGCUUGUCAAGGCAAGGCCACCCAGUAUGGGAUCACCCUUGAAACAGAUUCUGAACAGCAAAGAGAACCUCUGGAAGUAGAUACAUCAUUUCAGAGUGGAUGCAUUCCAAAUGAGGCUGACUUUCUGCUUGGCAUGGCAACUGUAGAGAAUCAUAUCUCCUACCGACACCCAAUUGAGGGGACCUGGUACAUACAAUCCCUUUGCAAGAAUCUGAAGGAAGGAUGUCUUCGAGGAAAUGAUAUUCUCACCAUCCUGACAGAAGUAAACUCUGAAGUAAGCCAAAAAAUUGAUCCGAAGAACAAAGGGAAACAGAUGCCACAACCUAAGUUCACCCUUAGGAAAAAGCUUGUCUUUCCCAUUAGCUAGAAUUGUUGGUAUUGCUUGCAGACACUAUCAGAAUCUAUUUAUUUGGUUUAAAUUUUUUCUCAUGUACUUUUAUUAAAGAGUGUUUUGAACACUAUGAGAUGGAGAAGAUGAAGAGAAAGAAAAGAAACAUCACUUAUUAAAUAAAAGUCAUUUUUGAAAAAGA